AUAAAUAUUCAAAGAAUGUCAGGGAUGCCCCUCCCGCCAGAUUCUUUAGCGAACCAUAAAAAUUCUUCUUCUUUUUUUAAUGCAUCGUUCAAAAUCAAAUAUUAGAAUUUGAAUGAAUAAAUUAAAUAGAUUUCAGGAAAUUGUUCUUUGACAAUAAUAUACAAAUCGAAAGAAAUCAUUUGAGCUAGGUAUAUUAAUUUUUCCUCAUAAAAUAUUAAUGUUCGAUGCUCACCAACCUAUAAUUUAUGCAUUUAUUCGAGCAUCCAACAACUUUGGUUUUUGUUGUGCAAUAUUUAGCAAAAUUCCAACAUAAAAUCCAUAAGUAGGGCAGCUAAAUCAGUAAAGCUACUUUAGGCUAACCUGACACUUCAAUAGUAUCGAAAUCAUAGUGUUGCAAGAGGUUUAAAAUGGAUAUUUUAAACGUUUUCACAGAUGAAUUCAAGGAAAUUCUAAAUUCCGAAUUAAAAAAUGUGUUAUUAGAUAAUAUUGAAGAAGAACAAGUUGAGAAUCCUCUUAGUAAAAUAUGGGAAAGCCAAAGUACAAACAGUUCAAGUUGCUCAUACUGCCUAAUGGACUUUCCCGAUGUUGUAGCACAACGAGAACAUUACAAGCUAGACUGGCAUCGUUUCAACUUGAAACAGUCUCUAUCGGGAAAAAAUCCAAUCAGUGAACAUGAAUUCAAUGAAAAAAGUGGAAAUGAUGAUAUUUCAAGUAUUUCGGGAUCCGAAUCGGAAAAAGAAGAUACUCUUGAUACUUUUGCUACUGCUCAAGGCAAAAUUUUUCUCCAAAACAAGAGUGGACAAAUAUUUUCCAUUUAUAAAUGUCUUGUUUUCAACAAAAAGGAUGAUAUUAAUGAAAACAUUCUUCUUCAAAAACUCAAAUCCUGUAUAGAAAACCAACAAUGGACUGUAUUAAUGCUAGGCGGAGGGCACUUUGCGGGUGCUGUUUUUAAAGGUGGUACACCAAUCUUGCAUAAAACUUUCCACUGUUACACAGUCAGACAAGGACAAGGGGGCUCUCAAUCCUCCAGGGACAAUAAAUCAGGAGGUUCACAUCCCAAAAGUGCUGGUGCUUCUUUGAGAAGAUUCAACGAACAGGCUUUAGUUCAACAUGUACAAGAUAUAGCAGACCAGUGGAAAGCAGAAAUCGAGAAAAGUAGUCUUAUAUUUUAUAGAGCUCCAGGCCCGUAUAACCGAUCUGUGUUAUUCGGAGGGUCUAAUCCUAUUUUGAACAGAUCAGACGUUAGGUUGCGGAAUAUACCUUUUUCUACAAGAAGAGCUACCUACACCGAAGUUCAGAGGGUGCAUAACAUUCUAGCUACAACCAAUCUUUACGAUAAUGUGGAUGCUGUGAUAAAACAACUGGAAAAACAUAGGACUCUCAACAAAGAAUCAAAAAGAAACCGAAUUAGAGGUCCGCAAGUGAAUAGAGCUAAAUCUAGGGAAAUUAUAGAAAGACCUCUUCCAACCAAGCACAGUUCAGAAACCAACAGUAUAGCUGAUUCCAUUCCAGAAGACGACUUCGAAGAAAACCUACAGCUGAAUGAAGCAGAUAUAGAAAUAUCUUUCGAGCACUUGAAAGUAUUUGAAGAUACAGAAAAACCCCUAUCUAAAACAGGUAAAAAAAAGAAACCAAAGAAGAGCAAAACGAAAAGAUUACUAGAGAAAGAAGAUGAGAGGAAAAAAGAACUAAUAGAAGUUUUAUGUAGUGGUAAUAUGAUUAAGUUGAAGGAGUUACUGGAUAAUGUAGGGAAGAAUGUUGAAGAUGAUCAUUUGAACGUUGUUGAAGAUUUGAGAAUUGAAUUUUUGAAUGAAGUGUUAGAUGAUGAAGGUAAUUCUUUGAUGCAUAUAGCUGCCAUGAAUGAACACGUAGAUAUGGUCACAUUUUUAUUGGAAAAUAACUCUGAUCCUUGCGUGAAAAAUAAGAAACAUCAGACCCCAUAUAGCAGUACAAGUAGUAAAGAGAUUCGGGAGGCAAUGAAACAAUUCGCAAAAGAAAAUCCUGAUAAACAUAACUACAACAAGGCACAAAUUCCUGUGAAUAGCCUCACCCAAGAAGAAAUGGCUGAAAAAAAGAAACAGCUCAGGAAAAUAAAGAAAGAAAAGGAAAAAAUAAAAAAAGAAGAAAACAAAUUGAAAAGAAUAGAAGAGAGUGAAAAAGAACGUUUUCUAAAACUCAGUGAUAGAGAAAAAAGAGCUUUGGCUGCGGAAAGAAGAAUACUGGUGCAAAACGGUACAGUUAGUGCUAGGUGCUUCCUUUGCGCAUCGGACAUUACUGGGAAGGUGCCAUUUGAAUAUUUGAACAACAGAUUUUGUAGCAUGGAUUGCUUAAAAGCUCAUCGAUUGAAAAACCCAAUUUUAUAAAAUAUAUCAGUAUCUUUAUUCAAAUUUUUAAAUUUUAUGAGAUUCCUUAAAUGUUCAUUCCGAAAAUAAAAGUAAUUUUCAAUCACA